GUUUCCAUAUGCCACCCACCCACCGGCGUGGAUCUCCACUCUCCAGUUGGCACGAUAUGCACAGUAGCCUCGAACCACUUCUCGAAAAGCUUCGCCCCGUGCACGUCGGUCUAGUGAUCGCCAUCUCCACCUGCGUCUGUAUUCUCGCGACAUAUCACGCGUUCCGACCCAAAGACAAGCCCGACGCUUCCAUCUCAACCCUCUGUCGUUCCUGCUCCUCCAACAUGACAGCCUCCAAAGGUGCCAUGUGACUCGAAUGCAUUGUAUCUCAUGCCUACCGCUCUUUUUCCUAUAGUCGUAUACCUCAACAACGCGAAUACCAUCCUGGACUACUCGGUGGGCGCUCGUGGCGAAGACUUUGAAUUUGACGACUGCAAGCACGUGGCCCAGACCAUAUACCCUGGCUUCCGCGACGCCAACGCCGACGACAUUGUGAUCAAAAUCAUCUGCGGAGGCAUCACCAAUCGCCUCUAUCGCCUCACGUGGCAAGACAAGUCCGUGCUCCUUCGGAUCUACGGCGAGCACACGGAAGUGUUUAUCGAUCGCGACAUCGACAACGAAACGUUUGCGGAACUGUCGAGACGGGGGUUUGCGCCCAUGUACCACGGCCGAUUCAGGAACGGACGCAUCGAAGGCUGGGUGGACGGCGUGCCGUUGGAGCCGCAUCAAAUGGGCGACCCAAAGCUUCUCCCUCUCAUCGCGACAGAAGUGGGCAAGAUGCACGCGAUGGACAUGAAGUUUCCGACUACUCCUUGUUUGUGGAAGAAAAUCCACGUGUUUGAGGAGCUGGCGUCGCUCGUCCGGUUCGACGACCCCCUCAAGCAGAAAGCGCUCGCCAGUCUCCGCUUGAAGCAGAUUCAACAGCGUGUGCAGUGGGCGCAGACGAUUUUGCCGUCGGCGCAGAACGGCCACGGCAAGCAGUUGCUUGAAACGUUCCGCGGCUCCCCCAUCGCCAAGCUGGCCACGGCGUUUCUACAGGAAUCGGUGUUUAGUCACAACGACAUGUUGAGCGGCAAUGUGCUGUACAACCCGUCGUGGUCCAAGGUUCAAGUCAUCGACUACGAAUAUGGAGGGUACAACUACCGCGGCUAUGACUUUGCAAACCACUUUUGCGAGCACUGUGGCUUGGACAUGAACUUGAACGCGUACCCGUCCCAACCCAAGCAAGUGCAAUUCUACAAGGCGUACCUAGCCGCCGCGAGCCCGGCGCUUUUGCAUUCCUUGACGCAGGACCACCACCUGGACGAGUUCGUGGCCGCAUUGCAUGACGCGGGCAACUUGUACGCAUUGGCGUCGCACUUGUUCUGGGGGCUGUGGGCCGUUGUUCAAGCCAGCAACUCGACGAUCGAGUUUGACUUUCUCGAGUAUGCUCGCGUCCGAUUGGAAGCUUUCGAUGUCCACGCCGACAUGUUUGGUGCCAAGCCCCAGUCGGUUGAAUAAACACCAACCAGCACACAACACGCAUGUAUAUAUAUAUGUACUUCGUCGUCGUUGUGGGUGGUUGGUUGUAUGUCUUUUAACGUGGUUAGCAAAUAUAAGACAUGGGUUCUUCUCUCUUCUUCACAGUAGCAGUAGCAACAACAGAGCAGCUGUAGCAUAACACGUCGGUGGCUUAUCGUUUUCGCUUGUCAGACGGGGCAUCGGGGAACGGCUCGUACGGCGGUAGGUUGUCCAACGACGUCGAGUCGCUCGUCUUUUUAAAGUACCGCGUGAUCACAACGUUGGGCUUGUCCUUGUCCGGCAGCGUCAGCGUCAGCUCCACGCGCAUGCGGCCCAGCUCGUCCACGGUGCGGCUGUCGUGCAGGAUGCCCCGGAACCCCGACAGAUGCGUGACCGUCUUGAUCGACGUGGGCUCGCCCAUCACUUUGAUCUGCAUGCACUGUCGUUCACAACAAGAGGCGAGUGUGCGUACGUACCGUGUUGGUUUUGAUGAUGACUUCUUGGCCAAACUUCAACUGCUUGGUCUCAAGGAAGAUGCGCGUGCGCCGCGUGAUCGUGAACUCGCCCGCUGUUUGCAGAAUGAUCACUGUCAGGUCCAGCUUGUCGGCCGCUUGUCGAGCAAUCAGCGGCAAUCCCUACGACAGACGCAUGAGAAGACCAUCACAAGUCGGUUGAGGGACGCACCAUGGCUUCCAAGUAGUCGUUCGUGGAAUCGGACGCGUCGCGAUCCAAUUCCCACGUCCCCGACAAGUUGAGCGCUCCAGCCCCAGCCGUGUUUACUGGGACCGGAACGGUGGAUGCGGAAGCCACGGCGACCGCCACGGCGGAGUUCACGUUGACAUUCGAGGGUUUGAAUGCACGGUUGUGUGCUUGGGCGGACGCGACGUUCAUCCGGUGUUGCUGUUGGUUCAUUUGUAACUGCAUCGCGGCCACGUUCAUGUUGUUCAGUUGCUGCAAUGCAUUCAAAUUCGCCCCCGAUGGCAUCUGCAUGCCCAUGCCAAGACCCAUACGUUUGAGUUGUUGUUGCUGCUGACUGGUCAAUGCAGCAGCAGCGGCAGCCACCAUGGCUGCGGAAGGUGCUGGUGCCAUCGCAAUCGACGUGUUGGGGUUGCCAAUCGACAUGGCUGUCGAGCUUGGUCCUGGAUUCGGCGGUGCGGCUGCCAAGAUGGGAUUCGACAUCGAUAUCGGGAUGGGCUUCGAGUUACCAGAGUUCGCAGGGGGCUUGUUCGCCGACAUGGUUCUACUUCACGGCGGGUGUGCGAGUUCCACGAGUC